AGAAGGGAAGGUGAGAAUAAGACUGGUCAUUCCUUGAAGCUUAGCUGAGCAUGGAGGUGGGGGAGAGGGUGGACGGAAGCUCAGCCUUAAAGAGUGUAAGGGGAAAUGCUGGAUUUGGACUAAAACUCGCAGGGUUUUGAAAAGGUAGGGAGUUAGGAAGGAGAUUGAGUCUGGCUGGGUGUAAGUGGAGGGUGCUGAGCUCUGACUUCGAACUAGCAUGAGCAGCUGCCCCCAAGAAGACUCAAGUAAAGGGAGAGAAAUUGUUUUUCUGGGGUCAGGCUCUUGGGAGUGGGGAGAAGAGGUUAAGAGACAGGAGAGCCCUGCAGGACAAGGUCGCAGGAAGAGUAGAGGGGUAAAAAAGGGGGAGGGGUGUGCGCACUCGGAUGAUCAGGCUUUGCUAGGUUGCCUGCAUCUCGCCCUACGGGGUCGGCGGCUCCACGCAAUUUGGGAGGAGGAAGAGGAGGCUCUCCAGAUCAGCGCCCCCGAGAGGAUGGGGCCGAGGGCCCAGCUCCCCAAGGAUGAUGGAAUCAGGCAAGUUCUGGAAGAGAUGAAAGCUUUGUAUGAACAGAACCAGUCUGAUGUAAAUGAAACUAAGUCAAAUGGACGAAGUGAUUUGAUUCCAACAAUCAAAUUUCGACAUAGUUCUUUGCUGAGAAAUCGACGUUGCAUAGUUGCAUAUUUGUAUGAUCGAUUGCUUCGAAUUAGAGCUCUCAGGUGGGAAUAUGGCAGUGUCUUGCCAAAUGCUCUGAGAUUUCACAUGUCAGCUGAAGAAAUAGAAUGGUUCAAUCGCUAUAAGAAAUCUCUUGCUACAUACAUGAGAUGUUUAGGUGGAGAUGAUGGAUUAGAUAUUACACAAGAUAUGAAACCCCCUAAAAGCCUAUACAUUGAGGUGCGGUGUCUAAAAGACUAUGGAGAGUUUGAAGUUGAUGAUGGUACUUCAGUUUUGUUGAAAAAAAACAGCCAGCAUUUCUUGCCAAGAUGGAAGUGUGAACAAUUAAUCAGACAAGGAGUCCUAGAACAUGUGCUGUCAUAACCGUGUCCUGAAAACUUUGAGAAAAUUUUCUUUUUGGUGUAGUGUUGAACCCACUACAAAUGUCUCUCUGCCCUGCUCCCUGUCGUGAUCCUAAAAAUUAUAGGUGGACCCUUUUUUCAGUAAAAUCUCAUGUUCUCACUUUUCCUCAUGUGUUUUUGACUCCUGCUGCUAAGAAAAAUGUUGGAGUUUGUUUUUCUUAGAAAUAAAUAGUGUAUUUUGGGGAAAGGGGUUGUGACAGUGUUCUUUAUUGCUUGAUACAGACAAAAAUAAAGGAAAGCUUAAUUGAAUCUAUGUUCUAUUAAAAAGGACCUUAAGU